AUGCCUGGGCUUCAAUCGAAAUGGGCUGCGGCAGCCGAGGAGCCAGAAAUCAAGCAAGCGGCUCCAGAAAUCAAAAAAUCAUCGCCAAAACCCGCCACAUCGGUUUUAUCAAAAUGGGCGUCUGCAGAGCCUGAAGAGGACGAACCCAAGAAAGAGCUGAAACCAAAGCUGAAGAAGAGAAACGAAGAACAGGUUCCCACGCCGCCACAGAGUUCUGAAACUGGAGAAGUGCUGGAUUUGGCUAGAUCCUUUGGCGACAGGCUCGGCGUUAAGGAUGAACCCAAACGGAAAUCCAAGCGAAACAGAAACAGGGAUACUCAUCGUGAUGCUCCUAGACAACAGAGAGGUGCUCCAAACUCCAGGAAUCACGAGGAGCAUGAAGAAGACGAGGGUAAUCAGGAGGAGCACUGGGAGGACGUUUCGGACGAAGAAGAGGAGGAUUUGUUCGAGGAUAAGCUUUAUGAGAAAGGACCCAUGACAGAUGCUGCCAAGUCUCUAGCGAUGAGAAUAGGAGCUCCUGCCGAGGAGCCAAAGGCACCCAAGGGCCCUAAAGAGUCGAAACACAGAGAUCACAAGGAGUCCAAAGAUCACAGGGAGCAUAAGGAGCAGAAGCCUAGGUCUAAGGAUCAAAGACCAGCUAGGGAGUCUCAGGAACCAAAGGGCAAGUACAUGACGCCCAAGCAGAAGAAGCUUUUGGAAGAGAAACAGAAGCAGGAGAAGCUCAAGGCCGAGCAGGCCGAGAAGGAGCGGAAGAUCAAGGAGGAGGUGAGGCAGAUGUUUGAGCUGAUGGAGGACAAGUCGACCAACUGGGCUGACAUUGAUGAGUAG